CUAUGAAUUCUGUACUCAUCUCUUCUACUAGACCUUCAAUAUCUAUUUUGCCCACCCCUCCCACUAGACCUUCAACUCCUAUUCAGCCCACUUCUCCUACAACACCUUCAACACCCGCUUCUUCCACAACACCUUCAACACCUAUUUAUCUUACUUCUUCCACUAUAUCUCUUGUCAUUACCAUCUCUCCUUCAGCUAUAUUUACAUUAAGGCAACAAUAUUCUACACUUCAGUUAUCUGGAAGUACAAGUUCUCAAAGACAACAAAGCCUUCUAGAAAAAGAUCGUCUGAAGAUCUAG